AUGCGGGAGCGCCGGGACACGCGCGGCGGAUCCCACGGGAAGCUCCGGGCGCGGGGCGGCCCGGCGGGAUCGUACCUCCCCUCCGGAGCUCCGGGGAAAGCCGGGAGCCGCGGCGGGAGCGCGGCGGCCUCUCCGCCUCGGCCGCCCUCCUCCUGCGCUCCCCGUCCCCUGCGGGACAGGGAAAGCCCCGGGAUUUGGGAAUUCUGGGGAAAAUCCCCAGGGAAAAGCCUAAGCACACCCCGGUGCUUUAUCCCAAAAAUGCUUGGAGCAAGGAGCGAGUUCCCAGAGAGUGGGAACAGCCACGGGGAAGCUGAAAACGCCAGGAAUAAUCCAGGAAAAAGUGGGAAAAGGAACGUCACCUUCCUCAUCACCGCCAUCCGCGUCUUCUCCAGCCCGUCCUUGGUGCCGCUCCGCGCCGCCCGCAUCAGCUGCGACAUCUGCGAACGGGAUCCGGGAGCCGGGAUCAGGGAUCCGGGAUCAGGGACCAGGGAUGAUCACAGGGAUCACAGGGAUCACAGAUCAGGGAUUGGAAAGCUCGAGGCAGCCCCGGGAUCGCCGGCCGGAUCCGGUUCCCCCUCAGGAACAUCCGUGGAGCGCCGUUCCCUGUUUUCCCCCGCAGGCGGGAGCAGCAGGCACAGGCGGGGUGCUCCGGGAUCCCGGCAGGAUCCCGGCAGGAUCGAUCCCGGCAGGAUCCCGGCAGGAUCCCGGCAGGAUUCGCAAGCGGCCGAAGCGGGAUGGCGCAGCAGAGCCGAGCGCAGCCCGGGAAGGGAGCGGGAGCGGAGCCGGGAGCGGAUCCAUCCCUUCCCUGGGCCGGGAUUGGAUGUGGGGGAGAGGAAGAGGGGGGGACGGGCCUUUCCCUGCCCAAAUCCCAGCGCUUCAUCCCAAAUCCCAGCGUUUUAUCCCAAAUCCCAGCGUUUCAUCCUAAAUCCCAGUGUUUUAUCCUAAAUCUCAGCGUUGCACCCCAAA